CGAGGUUACCCUCUGAAGGAUUCCCAAGGUCUGGUGAAGGAGGCUGGUAAAUCCUCAUCUUAUUUGACCUCUACCGCUUAAAUCCUUCACUUCUCCGGAGCCUUCUGAGGUGAAACAUCUAGCGGAAGGACUCCUCUUUAAUUCACACGGAAGACUAACACCGAUCAAGGCAAGAUGUCGAACGUGCGGCCCAUGCAGCUUGAGGCGGCCAACGCGUACACACAUGUGGACCACAUGUGCGCGCUGGACAUUGACUCUCGGCCAUUCAGUCAGCGCCUCAGCAGCAUCAUCUGUACCAUUGGCCCAGUGUCCCGGUCCGUGGAGAUGCUGGAGCAGAUGAUGGAAGCUGGAAUGAACAUAGCGCGCAUGAAUUUCUCCCACGGCACGCACGAAUACCACUCAGAGACGAUAGAGAACGUGAGGAAGGCCGCGGAAAAUUACUCAAAGAAGAUCGGGCAUUCUCAUCCUGUGGCCAUCGCUCUCGACACCAAAGGACCCGAAAUCAGGACUGGACUGCUGGAAGGGGGUGCAUCGGCUGAGGUGGAGCUAAAGGUCGGUAAUCAGGUCAAGCUCACCACAGACAAGGAGGUUUAUGAGAAGUGUUCAGCAGAGGUUGUGUAUCUGGACUACAUCAACAUUACUAAGGUCGUGAAGGUCGGAAACAGGAUUUUUGUGGAUGACGGACUGAUCUCGCUCGUUGCUAAGGAGAUUGGAUCUAACUACAUAGUGUGUGAGGUAGAGAAUGGCGGCAUGUUGGGGAGCAAGAAGGGCGUGAACCUGCCAGGAGUGCCAGUUGAUCUGCCCGCUGUGUCAGAGAAGGACCGUGGCGACCUGCUGCUGGGCGUCAAGAUGGGAGUUGACAUGGUCUUUGCCUCCUUCAUCAGGGACGCUGCCGGGGUCAAGGAGAUCAGACAAGUGCUGGGAGAGGAGGGGAAGAACAUUAAGAUCAUCAGCAAGAUUGAGAACCACCAGGGCUGCAAGAACAUUGACUCCAUCAUUGACGAGAGCGAUGGCAUUAUGAUUGCAAGAGGUGACCUGGGUAUUGAGAUUCCUGCCGAGAAGGUCUUUAUCGCACAGAAGCAGAUGCUGGCCAGGUGCAACAAGGUUGGAAAGCCAGUGAUCUGUGCCACACAAAUGCUGGAAUCCAUGGUAAAGAAACCCCGGCCAACACGUGCUGAGGUGUCUGACGUGGGCAAUGCUAUCAUGGACGGCGCUGACUGUGUGAUGCUGUCCGGGGAGACCGCCAAGGGAGAUUAUCCAUUGGUGUGUGUGCGGACCAUGGCCAAUAUUGCUAGGGAGGCGGAGGCUGCUCUCUGGCACAAGCAGCUCUUUGUCGAGUUGUCACAGGUCCCAAUGCCGACGGACUCCACCCACACCACCGCCAUCGCCUCUGUGGAAGCUUCAUUCAAGGCCAUGGCGUCGGCAAUCAUCGUCAUCACCACCACUGGCCGCUCUGCCCACCUGGUGUCCAAGUACCGGCCUCGCUGCCCCAUCAUGGCUGUCACCAGGUUCCCCCAGGUGGCUCGACAGGCCCACCUUCACCGUGGUAUCAUCCCUAUUCAUUAUACAGUGCCACAGAAGGACGGCGAGAACGACGCUGAGCGUGUGGAGGACUGGAUGGACGAUGUGAAUGCCAGAGUGGACUACGCGGUCGCCUUCGGAAAACAGCGAGGAUUUGUCAAGUCCGGUGACCCAGUGGUGGUGGUGACCGGGUGGCAGAAGGGCGCUGGCUUCACCAAUACUAUGCGUGUUCUGUAUGUUAAGUAGACUGUUUGGUGAUGCUUGGUGAGGGUUGGUGAGGGCUUACGGCUUCACUGUGGCUGACCUUGCAUUGUGGGGGCUGUUUUUGUGUGUGUGUGUGUGUGUGUGAAUGGGUGUGGUUGGCUAAUGGUAUCUUAUUGAGAGGCUGAGAAAUAUGUGUGUGUGUGUUUGAGAGAGAAAGAAAGAGAGAGAGUGUGAGUGAGUUAUGUGUGUGUUGCUGAAUAAGAGAGUGAGAAAAUUGUGUGUGUGUGUGUGUGUCGCAUGGAGUAAUUGCAUCUUAACACACGCCUUGCCAUGUGCAGCGCAAACUAACCCUGGAAUCUUGUCACCAAACACACACACACACAC